AUGCGAAUACGUUUAAAAGAGUUUAAUGGCGUUGCCGUAUGGAAAUGGGUAACAAAUGAUGAUUCAUGUGGAAUAUGUCGUAUGCCGUUUGAUGCAUCAUGUUCUGAAUGUCGUUAUCCAGGUGAUCAAUGUCCAGUAUUACAUGGUGAAUGUCGACAUUGUUUUCAUGAACAUUGCAUUAUGAAAUGGAUUAAUUCUCAACAAACAAAUAAAUUAUGUCCAAUGUGUCGAGGAGAAUGGAAAAGUUUGCCUUAA